AUGGUUGAAGAAGAGAAGACUUUUCAAAAAUUGGAUAUUCCAACCGCUGAAAUAUUGGAAGAUGUUGCGGAAUUUUUAAAGCGAGAGGGUGAUAUAUCUGCUGAGGAAGGCGUUAAACGACUUGAUAUGUUAUAUAAAAAAUACAAAAAAGUUGAACAACAAUUGUUGGCUCAAAAACUCAGGUUAAAUGCUAAAUUACCUGAAUUGGAAGAAUCUCUAAAAGUUAUCGAAGUUUUGGAGAUUAAAGAGAAAAAUAAAGAGCCAUUCAGUUUAACAUAUAUGGUUAGCGACCACGCUUACGCGAAAGCUCGAGUUAAUCGUUCUGAUAAGGUAUUGUUAUGGCUUGGAGCCAAUGUGAUGGCUGAAUAUUCUUUAGAAAAAGCCCGGAGGAUAUUGGAAACUAAUUAUGAUCAAGGCAUGACAUAUUAUUGA